AUGAGCAUCGAGGUAAAACUACCAUCCCAACCGCUCGACUUGGAGAAAGAUGUCAUUUCCCAACUCGAAUCAAGUGAUCCUCGAAAGAUUGUGUUUUUCGAUGAAUCAAUAACUGGAUAUGUGGUACUUACAGCCGAAGGUGAAACACGUCCUCCACCGAAAAGAGUGUCUCUUGCUAUGACUAUCCUUCCUCUGGAAGUUGUAGACACGCAUGAUCCAUUGCAUUACUUGGAAUCAGUUGAUCAGAGACAUAAAUUUAGCAUUGUGGAUCUAGUGCUAGACAAUAUCGUGUAUUCUGGAAAAGGUUCUUCCAAUAAACAGUAUUAUGUCUGGUCGUUUGAGAUUCCUGUGAAAUAUCCUAGAAAAAGGUUGAAUGACCCCCGUCUAUUCCUUUCGUGUAUGUUAAUUGAGGGAGAUCAAAAUGAGGAGAAAUCAAAUAAUAGCAGCUACACCGAAGCUGAUACAUUACAUGAUUACUCAACUUCUUCUAUAGACAAGAUUCUUCCUAUCAAGUUAAGCGAGUCAUUGUGCGAUAUUGAAAUAUCGCAUACAACUACUGAUUUUGAUAUCACAAUUGAGAAUGAACUGGAUAAUACAUAUAUUUAUAAACCUGAAAAUUCCAUUCGUGGCUACAUAAGCGUUCCUGUUUCAAUAUCCCUCGUCAUUAAGUUGAAAUCAACCAAACCUGCCGGAAGAAAUGAUAUCUUAUUGACUACAUUUACCAUUGAAUCGUCGGACGAAUUGUUAAAAUUUUGGAAUGAAGACGAGGACGACCAUUAUUUUAACCUUGUUGACGUGAACCUUCAAUUCAAGUCUGGGUCAAUAGAUCCAAUCAUUGGAAAUGACCUUAUGCCGCCCACCAGAUUCAAAUAUAGAGAUACCAUAAGUCUUGCAUAUAAACUAACCAACAAUGAACCCUUGGCGGAAAAUGUACAUAGUUCAAAACCAGUUCAUAUAUUUCUAAUGCUCCAAGUUCAGAAACGUCAUAAUGGAGAGUUUUACAAUAUUAGCAAUACCAUACAUACUGAAUGGACUCCAUAUUUAGAUUUUGGGUUAAUUGCAUCACCAAUUAAUAGCACCUUAAAGUCGGUAAGCAGCUCUCUCCAGACUUACCUACAACCAAAUGCUCCACUCAAUACCUCAAUCAGGAAGCCCACAUUACUUCAGAGCAUGUACAAGGGACCCAAUCUCAAUAAUAGUAGUGCGAAUAUUGCAAUGACAAAUACAAUUUCAAAUAAAAAUCCGCAACACCAAUUACAGAAGUCUCGAACUUUCCUGUCUGGUUCAAUCAUGGUUAGCUUGUCUACAAAUGCCAACUCUACGUUGUCAGGAUUGAAGCUCUCGUUCAUUGGGAAAUUAAAUAUUAAAUUGGGUGAAGUCAUCACUUGGAAGAUUCAAGCAAUAAAUCACGCAUCUACGAGAUUGAACUUGUCGUUAUUAGUACAAAACCCCAUUAACUUCAAUGUCAUCUACUCAAAUUCAGCACCUCAUCACAAGAAUGCGUCUACUCAUAGUGUGUCGAAUAACGAUAAUAAAGCACACAAUGCUGCCAUUGUCCAUGACAAAUCAAACUUGUACUCGACAUACAAUUCCUUAAAGGUUAAUAAUAAUUCGGGAGUAGUUAUAUUAGGCAAUGAUAUCCGGAUCGGCCCACUUGACCUGAACACAGCGUUUGAGACAGAAUUACAAUUGAUGGGUAUAUCCAAGGGAAUUUUCAAUUUGGAUGGGGUUAAGAUUUUUGAUAUUAAUAGUGGUGAUGGUUUAGAUUUUGGGAAAUUGAUUGAGGUGUUUGUCGUAUAG